AUGAUCAAGUUACAUGUCUGGGGAUAUGAUGAAGAAAUCUCGAUUAUAUCACCUUCUUGUAUUGCGUCGGCAUGGCUACUUAAUAUGAUAGCACAACCUCAAGAUAUGCUGUUCGAGAUUGUUCCAUCCAACAAUCCUCACUUAUCCAAGUUGAAUGAAUUACCACUCUUGAUAGAUGAGGAUAAACAAUUCAGCGGGUUUGGGAAUAUUGCGGCGUAUUUAACGACCAAAUAUAACGCUGGUGGGACUGCUACACUUUCAGAAGAUCAAAGCUUACUUGAUGAUAGUUUAAUUGUUCUUUUAGAAUCCAAAUUCGAGGCAUUGAACAAGUACAAUCUUUUCUCAAACAGCAAGAAUCACGAGAAUUACACGAGAAAGCUAUUUGCAAAAUUUUUCCCUUUUCCAAUGAUGUAUAACCAGUCCCUGAAAUUCUACAACGAUGCCCAGAAUCAAGUUCGAUUGUUGGGGUUAGGCGAGCAUAAGUCAUCUUUCUUAAACUUUACAAGUAGCGGAGAGGAUACCGAGACAGAAUUCUUCAAUAGUGAACUAGAUGAAGAUGUCGAAAAAUCAAAAGCAAUUAGCGGUCUACAUGAAAAGUCAUUGGUUCAAAAAUCAGAAACGAAGAAAGUCUUGAAAGAAUCAAGAAGCUCGAUGAAAUGCCUUCUUUUGGUGGACCAAUUGUUUAGUAGAUUAGAGAAGCUAAAGGCAGAACAGGGCAGUAGGGGUACAUUUACAUUUGGUGACCAGCCUUCAGCUGGUGAUGUUUUGUUCUUGGCUUACUUUUUCACAUUGACGCAUCCAAGUUUACCAGAUAAAUUUAUACUUAAUUACUUGAUGUCCAACAACUCAAAGUACCAUCAAUCUUUUCUGGAUCGUUUAAAGGACCUACAAUCUAAGGUUGGUAAAGUUGGGCCAUUGAGAAAGCCAGAAGGGAAAGAAGUACCAAGUUUAUUUAACGAAGUAGGCUAUUGGACUGGGCUAGUAAGCUAUUGA